CGUCCAUCUCUACUUUACACAAGACUGCUGUGAGCGAUAGGCAUUUACUCCGUCAAGUAGCGACUGCCAUCCACUCAAGCACUAUGGGGCGAUCAGUGCUGUUGUAUCUCCUCCUCGUCAUUGUCGGUCUCUCCUUCGCUCCACGGGUAGCAGCAUUCGGCGCAGGCAAUAUCCCCUCGUAUGCGUACCUUGAAGACAAGGCCUUUAGACAUGGUGACAUUGAGGACGUCAUUGCCACCUUGUUCAAGGCGGCCGGGGGCGGAUUCUUGUCGAGAGGCACAAAAUUCACGCCCCUGGAUGUCAAGCGGGUCUACUUUGGCAAUUGGCUCCGAGAUUACAGUCAGGCCGUCGAUGUCGGUGCACUGAAGAAGGUCCCACUCCAGACUAUCAUGAAUAUCUGCAUGGUUCUCGGAUUCUUGGCUCAUGGAUACGCCACAGGCGAGUUCGAAGUAACCGAAGAGCGUCUCGGUGCAUACCUGCCAACCGAGCACAUCGACAAUCCCAAAGGCUAUGCCGAAGGCGAAGAUGCGAGGCAAUAUGACAGACGUCUUCGCCCUCCGGUCGAGGCCGUCGAGCUUGAGAUCGAUCUUCAGUCCGGUAUGAAGCGCUACAUUGCCGAUGAAUCUGGUCACUGGGACACCUCCAAAGCGCUUGUGCGAAGGACGUUAGUGGAGUGCAUCAACAUGGGUCGACAGUACCGACAGUCUGGUGACAAGGCUCAUGCGUAUCAAGCAUUUCAGCUUCUUGGCCGGGCUCUGCAUACUUUAGAAGAUUUCACCGCACACUCAAAUUUCUGCGAGCUCGUCUUGAUCUCGAUGGGACACAAUAACAUCUUCCCUCACGUCGGACAAAAUGUCAAGAUCAAGGCGCCGAAUGGCAAGAUGGUGUAUCCCCUGGUGACUGGAACUUUUGGAGGAGCGGACUUCAUCCACUCGCUCCUGGGAGAGGCAACAGACCACUUGAGCGAGGCCUCGGUCUCCGAUCUCACCAAGACCAUGAAGAAUGCUCGAUCAGUCUCCGAGGGCAACUCGGCGUCCGCUUCUGCGCUUCGAAGCAUGUUCCUGGAUUUACCUGGAGGUGCUGGUGACAGCUUGAGUCGCGAUAUGGAUGGCAUCACUGGCAUGAGAGCUGGUCAGCCGGGUGGCCUGGACCCAAGUCAAAUGUCACCCCAAGAGCUUCAUGCAACUUUGUGGAAGAUCCUCAGCUUCAGAGACUCCGUCAUGAAGCGAAUCGAAAAUACGAUCGAUCGAAUUCCUGGACUCGCCUCGCUCGUCGAAAAGCUCACCAACUCGAUUUCAGUUUUCAUCAUCACCACACUCGAACCAUUCGUCAAGCCCUUGCUCGGUUCUGCUACCUCUGCUCUUUCCAGCUCUUCUCAGGCCGUCAUUGACUCUCACGAUCAAUAUGAAGUCUGGAAUGAUUGGAACUCGUCUGACCCGACUCAUUCCUUCUUGUCCAAGGACCACUUUGCACUCAUUUUGAAUCAACCUGCAGGAGAGAUUGCGAAGGUCGUCGUCGAAUAUGCUGUCAAUCUCGUCGUUAAGGCUUGGGACGAUCCCGGAAUGUCGACUCAGCAAGUCACCGAACCAAUCCUCGAAUGCCUGUUCCACCCUGACUUCCAUGAUGGUCGAUCCCAGGUACAGCGAAUGAUGCUGGACAAGAUGAAGCAUUGGUUCCAGUCGACAGGAAGGGACCAGCACGAGAUUCUCAACAGAUUGACAUCUGAGAACGUAAGGGCCGGUAAAAACAAGCGAAUCGGCGACAACUCGACCGAUACUGGACACGUACACAAUUCCAUGUUGCCCGAAGGUGGAUUGCAACAAGUUCUAGCGCAGCAUAACGUCCACAUUCCCGGAGCGCAGAUCUUGAAUGCGGGUCAGGAUCUUCUCGGAGGUAAAAAGCCAUGGGACCAAGGAUUCGGAUCUGGAGGUCAACACGCGUGGCGAGACAUCAAUUCCUCUGCUCCUAAUGACAUUCCCCCUUCUCUUGCGCCAUAUGAACAGGGUCCAUCUCAUCCUGGAAAUCCUGGCAACUAUUCGCAGCCUUCUCCGUCUGGAGGACAUGCAGACUCGUACUAUCAAGGAGGCAACCAAGGAGGCUAUCAGCCUCCGCAACAACAGUCUUACGGUCCUCCUGGUGGGGCAUAUGGCGGUCCGCCAGGUCAAUACGGUGGUUAUGGUGGACCUCCCCAAGGCGGUCAAUACGGCGACCCGCAGGGUCAGUAUUCGCCUCAAGGACAGUAUGGGCCACCUCAAGGCCAAUAUGCGCCUCAAGGUCAAUAUGGAGGACCUCCUCAAAAUCAGUAUGGUGGUCCGCCGCCUGGUCAGUAUGCACCGCCUCAGGAUCAAUGGGGACCUCCUGGGCAAGGUUAUGGUCCAGGAGGCUAUAACCGAUACUAGAGCAGUCCAGUAAUGUAUUCAAAUUUCGUGCUCCACGGACGGGUUUGUACCUGAUCAUUAGAGCGCAAUCAAGUAAUGUAUGCAAAGUUCAAUGGUGU